UGGACCCUUCCGCAGAUGAUCACUAAGAAUGAAAUUACAAACCUAAUCUACCGGCCCCUUUUUCAGUCUCUCUGGGACUCUUCUUCGCUUCUCUGCUCCGUCUUGUGGGUCUCCAUUUCCAACUCUCUUUCGCAUUUCUCUGGUCCGCCUCCGAGCUGGUACCUGGCUAUGAUUCUAAAUGGAUGCAUCAUGCCCACCGUUUGUGUGUCAGUAAAUUCCAGAGUAGAUAGGUCAUCGGUGCCCAGAUGUUCUGUCUCAUCAUGUAUUCCGCGUUUGCAAGUGAAGGCUUCUUUUCCGAGCGUCAGCUCAAGGACACCACAUCAAGAGGCUAUGCCAGUCCUGCACCUUGCAGCUGCAUCAACCCCACUUUUAAGUGGGGAUCGAGGUAGCUUGUUACACACUAUCCCUAUGUUACCAAGGCGUUGUGGAUCUCGAAUGUCGCCUCGAGCAUCUAAGGAUGUCCCAUACAGUUAUCGGUAUCCUCCGAUGACUAAAAAGCCAAGAUGGUGGUGGAGGACGCUAGCAUGCCUGCCUUAUUUAAUGCCUUUCCAUGAGACAUGGAUGUAUGCAGAAACGGCUUAUCACCUGCACCCUUUUCUAGAAGACUUUGAAUUCUUAACAUACCCAUUUCUUGGUGCCAUUGGAACAUUGCCUAGCUGGUUUCUGAUGGCGUAUUUUUUUGUUGCAUAUCUUGGAGUUGUGAGGAGAAAGGAGUGGCCCCACUUUUUCAGAUUUCAUGUGGUGAUGGGCAUGUUAUUGGAAAUUGCACUGCAGGUCAUAGGGACUGUGAGUCGUUGGAUGCCCCUUGCUGUAUACUGGGGCAAACUGGGAAUGCAUUUUUGGACAGCCGUUGCAUUUGCUUACCUUUUUACGGUCAUUGAGUGCAUCCGUUGUGCUCUUGCUGGUAUGUAUGCUGACGUCCCUUUUGUUUGUGAUGCUGCAUAUAUUCAGAUCCCUUAUGAUUAAAGGUGAAGGAAUGUAAAAAGAAAAUUUCAGCCAAUCAGUUUGGCAAGCUAUUUGAGAGCACCUUUUUUUUCCUGUUGAAACUGUGGUGUAAAUUUUUUAAUUUGCUCAGCUGUGUUUAUGUGUUGUAUCGAGAUUAGUCAAAUAGCAGUAACUUAUCUGUC